CUUAAAGGGCCCUCCGCCCAAAUCCUUUUAGCCUUUUUGCCUACUCGAGGUCCUCUAUCGAAUGAUGUAUGAACGAACGAAAUCGGAGCCGGACACCUUGGGCGGUUCCCUCGUAAGUAAAGUUUUCCCUAAUGGCAGAAAAUAAUAUUUAUGCAGAAAAAUUUAGUUUCUGAGUAAAAAACAGAAAACACCAGAAUGUUAUUGGCUUUCCAGAGAUCCUCCAGAAACUAACGAAUUAUUUUUUUUUUAACCUCAUCAUCAAAUAGGAUAGUCGGAAACCUAUGAUAACAGUGAUUUUCGUAGCUAAUUAAGUUUCAAUUAAGUUCAAGUCAUUCAAUAACAAACGUCCGUCUGGCACAGUUGGAGGUGUUCUGAAGAUGAGGUAAGAGAGGCCGCUCAUUAUACUACAUAACGCUGUGCGGAAAAUAAGUUAGUUUCGGGAAUUUUUUCUUUUCGCUGAGCCGUUAAGCCCAUAUGGAGACAUUUCUUCACUGUUCGAUAGAAUAAGGUGACUAGAUUCACAACCUAUAUCGGUUUUACAUUUAGUUACGGUCAACUCUAAAGAAAAUAUUUUACUUCUUAUUAGAUUGGAAAUAUUCUAUAGGCCAAUAUGUCAGAUUGAACAGAUUUUUGUGUUUCUUGAUUUCAGGAAUUUUAACUUGUAUUUGGUUUGUCGGAUGGUCAAUAUUUGCUUAUAACUCUCCAUCUGAACAUCCAAGAAUCUCAAUCGAAGAAAAACUAUAUCUAUCAAAACAUGUUCCACCAUCAAAAAAGGUUAGAAUAACACCUUGGAAACAUAUUAUUCGUUGCGCUCCCUUAUGGGGUAUCGCUGUUGUCCAUAUUUGUGUCAAUUUUCUUCUUUAUACGUUGUUGACAUCACUUCCAACCUAUUUUUCAACAAUAUUAAAAUUUAAUUUACAGCAGUCCAAAAAUCAACAUUUUCGAAAUGCAUUUUUUAUUCAACUUUUAGGUUCCUUUGGUUCAUCAGCAUUUUUGGUUGCUGUUGGAUAUGUUGGGUGUAAUCAUAUUGGUGCAAUGAUCUGUCUUACAUUUGCUGUUGGUUUUACUGGUCUUCAUUCGUGUGGUUGUCUUGUAUCACAUUUAGAUAUUGCAUCAAACUAUGCAGGAACACUUUUUGGAAUAACAAAUACACUGGCAACUAUACCGGGCUUUAUCGGGCCUUAG